UGGGAAAUAAUCGUCCACAAUCAAGGAUGUAGACUGGCAACUAUUAUUACCUUGUAACAUUUUAUUUGUUAUAAUUUUGGUAUAUGGUAAAGAUAUAAACAAUUAAUUUAUUUAUGAAGUGUGAUUUUGAAAAUGAGAUUCUUUCUUUUACAGAUUAAAUUCGGGAUGCAUAUCAAAGUAUUUUUAAUUUUCAUUGUGGCCAUAACAUGCUCCAGCACUCUCGACACGGGUCUGAAGCUGCUGUUCCCCCAGCAGCAUCGGGAGUACGUGUACGUGCUGAAGAGUAAUGUCUCCAGCGGGACCUGGAACCCUCGGAAGAGUAACACGUACUGGCAGCUGGAGGGGAACCUUAGGAUCCAGGUCUACGACAAUUUUACGAAGGCGAGGAUGUCACUGGUGAAUCUGGUUAAAACUGUUUGCUGUACAGGAUUUGGUUCCGUACGUGAUCACGAGACACCUGAAGACAUGUUUCUUAAGGAACCCUGGGAAUUGGAGUACCAGGAGAACGGCUACAUAAAAUACAUCUACGUAGGUGCACAGGAGCCGGCGUGGUCUGUCAACCUCAAGCGGGCGAUAUCAAUUAACUUUCAGUUGACCAAGAAUAGUGGUACCUAUUCUGUUAAUGAGCCAUGCCUCGAUGAUAUAUGCACUAUGAUCUACCUCUCCAAGGGCAGCAUCAUCAAGAAGUACACCAGCAGACGGAUCCCCACUCCUAGAAGCCGGAACAGCUGGUCUUCGGUACCUUGGACCUCAGAGUAUACUGGUAGAGUUAUUAUAGAUUCAGUAUCUUCAGCGGAGAGGACGUACGAGGUGGACGACUUCCGAGGACUGAGCUCAGUUGAGCUCCGCGGCAGUUACCAAUACAAGACACAUGAUCAUAUACUAGCGGUUAACACUGACCUCUCUCUCUCCUACGACCAUGACCGAGCUGCCCGUAGCGUCGAGAAGAUGAAUCUUCAGCAGACCACCAUACAAUAUGUGGCUAGUGACUUCCGAGACCCCUCCAAUGGAAUAAGGAACCUGUCGCAGGGGUACUUGAAGAAUACCACUUAUGAGAUACUCCUGAAAAUAGCACGUAAGGGAAUCGACGCUGAUAACAUCGUGAGGAAUGCCUCUCUAAUACACAGCCUGGAUUUUAUUGAUCUGCUCAAUACUAUAUCACGUUUGAACUACGAGACCCUGAUCCAUCUGUUCGAUGACCUGGUUCUCGGUACCAGCUAUGAGUUGGAGACAGCUCGUAACAUCUUCAUUGAGGUCCUUCCUCAGGCCAGGAGUGAUGCCUGCGUCAGGUUCAUCAAGUACUUGGUGUUGGAGGAGAAGGAAAAAGUAGAAGACGCAGCGCUACUCUCCCUCAUCAGAAAGCUGCCCUUCAACGUGGCCUCCCCUACCCAGGCUCUUCUUGAGGAGUUGGAGGUUCUCAGCAAGCUCGGUCUGGACUUCCCCCCGGACAUCAGGCAUGCCGGUAUCCUCAGCUUCGCUACCUUACUGCAUAAAACGAUGGGAACCUCACAAGUCAAGCAAGACUACUUCGAUAACAUCGUUGUGAAGUAUUUCAGGAUGUAUAGUGACUGCCCCCAAUACCUAGACCGUAUGAUCUGGCUGCAGGGGCUCUGCAACAUCGGAUACUCCGCAGACUCGUACACAAGGAUCAUUCACACAGACCCUACCAGGAACCGGCAUGAGAGAAUCUGGGCGGCUUUGGCAGGAGACCCGAAAAUUGAGGAUCCUUUUGUAAUUCUCGAAACAUCCCUACCGAUUAUAACGAAUGACACCGAGAGCAUCCAACUCCGCAUCAUCGCACUCCACACCUUCCUCAGCUCCUCGAACAUCAGGGAAUCUGACUUCAUGUUCAUACACAAUUACAUCAGGAACUGCGAUAACAACCAGCUCAAACGGUUCUGGUUCGCGACCGUCAAGAAUUUGGAGGCGAAUAAGUAUUUUUCGGGGUACCGAGUUACCUCAUUCUACGUACCAUUCAUCGUGAACCAAAUACCGAACCCAGAUCCGUUAUACUGGGCUACCCACAACUACAUCAUCAGCUCUCAGGAGGAGGACAGCGCUGCGUCGCUCCAGGUCUUCAGCGUGGGAGACCCUGAGGGUGUGCUGCCGAAUUUCGUUGCUAUUAAGCUUUGCACUGGUGGACGGAGGCCUUUUAAGGCUGAUGUAUACGUGAUAACGGAAGGGGUCGCCACCAGCGUGUUCCGGAAGUUCAAUAACUUCAACACGAAGAGCUUGAAGGUUGAGGAUCUGGUGCAGGUGCUGAGGAGCAUGAAGGCUUGGGCUGUCAAGGUUCCACAUAAGGUACACAUAGACAUUGUGAUAAAGAUUCACGAUAGAACUGUAUUUGCAACACAUAUGAAUCAAUCAAAAUUCGAAAGUGGGAGCGGAGAAGAUUUGGCCUAUAUUGAAGACUUCCUACGUUUUGGGAGUCAUAUCAACCAGCAAAUAGUUUACUAUCCUUUCCAGACGGACGUUAACAUACCGAGCGAAAUUGGAACGCCAAUACGUCUGCAGUCAACGAUUCUAUCCUUCACAUCCAUACGAGGAAAUCUGACAGCACCCUCAGCGCAGGACAGCAACUGGAAGAAUGAUCUGCAUAUAAGAUACCAAGGCACAUCAGUGACAACGCUGUCGACCCACGGGCCGCUUCUACAGUCGCUUCACUCAGCGCGCAUACAGCAGUCGCUGGUCGCUCAUCUACCGAUGAAGUUCAAUGUGUCUUACUCCUACCCAGACCAGCUGUUGGAGCUAACCUGGCCAAACCCGGGUGCACAACAGGGUGGCGUCGCGAUGCACUCCCGAGCGCAGAUAGCUGUGGAAACAUCAUCUUUGAAAACGACGUCUACAGUCACGGCUGGAGACGAUGGAUUGGCGGCUAUAGAUAAUAACAGCGUAUUCUUCGAUUGCGAACGACCGAUGACUGGCGCUGAGGUAUUAGACAAGCUGCUUACAUCCAAAACGAAUCAUUAUGACUUCCUGACCUCAAUCCAGCCAUCCCUGAUCAUUCUGAACAGCAUCCUCCUCUUCACGUCCCCCCCCUCAGGGUCAUGCGGCCUCAUCCUGCCUCCCCAGCACCUCAUGAAGACAGAGAACGACGUCCUGCUGAUGAAGGUCCAGCUGAACCAUGUCAGCGUUAACGAGGAUACGACGAAGUUUGAUUUGUCAUUGUUACUGAAUUAUUAUAGCCAAGCAGAACCAAAAAAGGUCUUCUUUGAGAUGGAAGCUGUAACCAAGAUAGAGAAUUCUGGAGGCAACGCGAAUAUACAACUGACAGUGCAUGGACUUCAACCGGGGAAUGAUAAUGUUACCAAGAAGGAAUGGACAAUCUGUCUUCGAGAGCAAGACAUCAGUCACGCAUCCUCAGACCAGGACAUCUCCAUCCACCCGGCAUCCUACGAAGGUCACCUGACCUUGACCUACUCUGGCAACAAGAGUGAUUGCUUCGAAUCUGGGCCCGCAUCCGAAUUGACCUUGAAGUAUAAGGGGGUUCCGCAGAACUUGUAUGGGAAGCUCGAGAGGUACUUUGAAGUCAAGAUUUUCGGAAGUAAUCUAUCAGAAAUGGGAGUCCUGGAGUCGGAUCUCGUGACGCAGACAGCUCUUGGUCAGCUCGUCAGGAGCUACAGUCGGGAGCCACUCAACAUGACUGCCGUUAUCAAGGAGAGGAACGGUCUAGCAUCGGUGAGUGUGAACAAGGGCGCUGAUAUGCAGUUUAAAUCUGACAACUUCGCGUGGCUGUUGGACAGUUGGACAGACAUGCAGAUUAUGAAGACUUUGGGAUUGUAUCGUGAAUGCCGAGUCCAAGAUAAUUUCGUUCAGCUGUUAUUCGGAGGUUCAAGACAUCAGAUGACGUCAGACUGUGCAGAAUCAGUAGUUUUGGCUGAUUGCACUGAAUCCCCUAAAUUCGCUGUGAUACGAGUGAAGGAUGGAGUUAAGGUGUAUACAGGUGGUUUCUAUAUCCUGGCGAAGAUACAAGAUGAUCAGAUGGUGAUGGAUAACAGUCACGGUGGUAACCAUUUCUGGGUAACCCACAUCAGAAACACGGUGAAGAUCGUCUCCCGUUCCACCGACCUCCAGGUCUUCUACAACCAGCAGGAGCUGGUGAUCCUGGUACCUCACAUAUACCUGGACACAGUCUGCGGUCUCUGUACCAACGUGCACACUAUGUAUCAGUGUUAGAUAGAGGAUAUAAUGUUGCAUCUCUUUCUAAUGUUCUGAGCGAGAAAGGAUGGUAUAUAACAAGGACGCUUAUUUUUCUUUUAAUUUUUUUCUUUUUAAUAUGAUCUUG